UGCUGGAAUUCCUUUGCACUCGCUCACCCAGUCACUUGCCCUCACUCCUUCUCACUUUGUACACACCCCCAGCAGGUGCUUUCACUUGAAGUUUGGUUUGCAGUUGUGCUUUAGGCUGUGACUUUCAGGUUAAGUGUAAUUGUACCAAAGAGCCUGGGAGGGUCCGAGGCCUCAGGCUGGGGGCUCUGCGACAGUCAUCAGGGUGAAACAAAUUGAAGGGUGCCCGCUGCCUGCUACACCUCUGUCCUCAGGUAGCACACCGGUCGUCCCGUCUGAGCUGAGCGCUGGUCUGCAACUGGACAAAAGGCCAUCCUUCAUCCUCAACAGAACCAGAGCCGCACUGCAUCUGCUACCAUCCAGUCAAGUCUUUGCCAUAAGAGCAUCUUUGCCUCGGUACCAGUUAUGUCAAAUCCAGUGGGCAGUUUAUCAGAAGGUACAGUGUAUGGAUCCCGGAUUGGGAUGACAGAGGACUCCCUCGCCAUCCUGGAGCGAAACAGGGGCUCUGGAGAACCCUGGGACCUGGGGGAGACUAAAUCAGGCCUGGAAAACCUGGAGCGUGGCAUACCGGGCCUCUACCUCUCCUGCUUCGACAUGCUUCUCACUGAGGACGCCACCUGGCUGGUGAAAGUUUCAGAGGCCUCCCCAACGCUGGCUGUACCCAUGACUCGCAUGGAGUCCCAGGAGGAACCAGAGCAGUGCCCCGUCAUUGAUAGCCAGGAACAGGGACUUUCUCCUGGGCUGGAGGGGCAGGAGGAGGAGCGGUCUCUGGAGCAGGUGCAGAGCAUGGUGGUGGGAGAAGUGCUGAAGGACAUUGAAACAGCCUGCAAACUGCUCAAUAUCACCCCAGACCCUAUGGAGUGGAACACAGGGAAUGUCCAGAAGUGGCUGCUGUGGACUGAACAUCUGUACAGGUUGCCCCACGCAGGAAAGGCUUUCCAGGAGCUGACAGGAAAGGACUUGUGUGCCAUGAGCGAGGAGGAGUUUCGCCAGCGCUCACCGCAGUGUGGAGACACACUGCAUGCACACCUGGACAUAUGGAAGUCAGCUGCGUGGAUGAAAGAGAGGUGUUCAGCUGGAGAUACAAAAGCUACCGUUGGCGAGGAACUUUGGUCCGAGGCAGAUUCGUCUUGUUCAGGUCAGCCCAUUCAUCUGUGGCAGUUCCUCAGAGAACUCCUGCUUAAACCUCACAACUAUGGACGCUGCAUCCGCUGGCUCAAUAAAGAAAAAGGUAUUUUUAAAAUCGAAGACUCGGCUCACGUUGCGAGACUGUGGGGACUCAGAAAGAAUCGCCCUGCAAUGAACUAUGACAAGCUGAGCCGCUCCAUACGUCAGUACUACAAGAAGGGCAUCAUCCGCAAGCCUGACGUGUCACAGAGACUGGUGUAUCAGUUUGUACACCCAGUAUGAGGCAGCAGCAUAGUAGGAGGAGGAGGAGGAGGAGGAGGAGGAGGCAAUGGAAACCUACUAAACUAAAAGGACACAUCACACCAUGCACUUGAACACCUAAGCAGAGAUGAAAAAGGUGACAUGGAACACAUGCACUGACCAACCCCAAUGGUACACACUUCCACUGCCAACACUGAAGUAACAGCUGGCAGCUGCUGCAUGAAGGCUUAUCGGUGCAUGGGCCGAGAGGAAGAGACAAAACAAUGUGGCUGUUGAGGCUUUUUCCUGCUGCAGAAUGAAACAACAGAUUAAAAAAGAAAAAAACAAAUUAACUGCCUUGUCAUUUGCAUGAUCUGCCUGUUUAUUUUUCAUAAUGUGAUUCUUAAUUAUCUUUUACUCAUUACACCAACAUUUAGAACUGAUUGCUCUUACAUAAAAGCUUUAGGAAAACGCCCAUCGCCCACAGCUACAUUUGCUUUGUCUUUUUGUUUCACUCAUCUUGACCACUGUCUCUGUUUGAAUUAGAGCCAGUUUUCCUGCCACAGUUGAAAAUGCGGUUAGGAUUGUUUUGCUUCUUUUUUGGGUUUGGUCCUGGCUGUUAUACACACAAUCAGUCAGUCACCUCCUGUAACCCAUCAACCACAGGACAGGACGUUCUUUUAUCUCAUCUACAAGGUACGGAGAAGGUGACUUUAGUAGUUUCCUGGAUCUGGAUCCAAGGGUGAAAACUUCUGAUGGAUCCUCAAACCCUGCUGUGACUGUGUUGAUAAUGCCACUUAAAUGUAAUUUUUUUUGUAAAGUGUAACUUGGUAAAGAGUGAUGCAUUACCUUAAUAUUAUUUUACUGCUGAGGAGCCCUGCUUUAUAUAUAUUAUGUUGUCAACUCUGGUUUAUAUUGCUGUAUAUUGCAUUUUAUGUUUCACUAUGGAGACCCAAAGUGUUAAAAAACCCCAAAAUAAAUAGAUAUAAAAUAAAUAGUCAUAUAAUACAUAUACAGACAAAAUGCAUGCUAUAAAGAUGAAAUUGUAAAAUAAUUAAAUACAUUUUUUGCCAUGUUGGCAGCGUGGCAAAUGUUGGUCUGUCGGUCUGCCACUUUUGUCCAGACAACUCUCGUCAACUUUUGGAUGUAUUACUAUGAAAAUUGGUACAGACAUUCAUGUCCCCCUCAGGAUGAGUUGUAAUAACGUUGACGAUCCCUUAAUGUUUCCUCUAGCGCUAUCAUCAAGUCAAAAUAUAAGUCUGUCCAGUACUUUGGUUUAUGACACCGUUUUUGAUAUCUGCAAAACUAAUGCCAUUCCCAUCAGCCUCAGCUGUACUUUGUGUUAACAAAUGUUAGCAUGCUAACAUGCUAAAGUAAGAUGGUGAACAUGGUAAACACUGUACCUGCUAAACAUCAGUAUGUUAGCAUUGUCAUUACUAGAUGUUUGCAUUUAGCUAAAAGCACCACUGUGGCAAAGUACAGCCUCACAGAGUCGCUAGCGUUACUUUAGAUUCUUGUCAAAGCUCAUUAUUAUGAAAUAUUAUUUCAUCCAGAUCACAUUAGCAGUUUUAAGUUCAAAAUGUCCUUUUUUCCAAAGUCUGUUUUUAUUUGACAUACCCCCCCACACACACACACACACUUUUCAUUACAAAGUCUUGUCUUUCAAUCAAGAAAAAACAGGGGAGAGCCACUGGCUGUCUGCUUAUUCUGCCUUGAACAGCAGCCAAUGAAAUAACAGCUAAUUAAAUUACUGGCUCUGUCCUGUUUGUCUUGAUUGACACACAAAGACGUGGGGAUGAAAAAUGACAUUUAACCCAAAAACUGCUGGAUUGAAAUAAAAAUUACCUGCAAUGAACUCUUUUAUUUUGAAAAGAAGCAGGAUGAAAUAACAUUUUAUUUCAAAAUGUAUUGGAUUAAUUAACAAUUAACAAUUUCAUAGUUACUUAUUUUGUCUGAAUGGAUUCAUAUGAGUAUUUAUUUAAUAUUUUAUCAUUAUUUAUUUAGUUGUGGAGCUUUGGGGCUGCAUAUUUUACACUCACUUCUUACCAUAGUGCUUAUUAUUUUCAUUUGGAGUUUGCCUAAAUGUCAAAAUGUCACAUGCCUAAAAGAUAGGACAUCCAAGCUUCAAACAGGGCUCAAUAAACUUUAUUUUUUAACUAAAUAAGCA